AUACACGUGACCUUGUUCCUCCAACCAGAUUUUAGCAACUCCUCUGCUAAGCGCGCGAGCCAUAGGGGCGAGCGUGCAAAUAUCCUUCUCUAUCUUUGAUUUGUUUUUGUCUCUCCUCCACGAUGGCUGAGUCCGGCAAAAGAAAGCGGCUCAGUCAUGCAAGCAGCAGCUCACAGACUAAUAGCAGCAAGUCUUCAGGCAGUCAGUCGGGUACUGUUGGAGAGGGUUCAUAUGUGGAGGGCUCCAUACUCCGCAUCACCAUGAAAAACUUCCUGACCUAUGAUCACUCAGUGGUGUACCCUGGACCCAGUUUAAACAUGAUUAUCGGAGCCAAUGGAACUGGAAAGUCUAGUAUUGUGUGCGCCAUCUGUCUUGGUCUGGCUGGCAAGACUGCUAUCGUGGGCAGGGGCGACAAGGUUGGGAUCUACGUGAAACGAGGAUGUCCCAAAGGAUCGAUUGAGCUUGAACUGUACAAAAAGGAUGGUAAUAUAGUGAUUAACAGGGAGAUCCAUGUGGAGAACAACCAUUCGCUGUGGAUGCUAAAUGGAAAAGUGUCUAACCAGAAAACAGUUGAAGAGGAGGUCAAAGCUCUACAGAUUCAAGUUGGCAACCUCUGCCAGUUUCUACCUCAGGAAAAAGUCGGAGAGUUUGCCAAGAUGUCCAAAGUUGAGCUGCUCGAGGCAACAGAGAAGUCAGUGGGACCACCGGAGAUGUACGGGUACCACUGUGAGCUCAAAAAUUUCCGAAACAAAGAGCGAGAAUUCGAGAAUAUUGUGAAGGAGAAGUCUAGCUUCCUGGAGAAGGCCAGACAAAGGAAUGAGAGGAACAAAUAUGAUAUGAACCGGUACUACGAAAAGAAGAGGCAUCUUGACAUGAUCGAGUUGCUUGAGAAGAAGAAACCAUGGGUGGAAUAUGAGACCACCCGUAAGGAGCUUGAGGACGUAAAGAAAGAGCGAGAAGAGGCCAAAAAACAGCUCUCUUCCCUGAGGCAGGCCCAGGCGCCUAUGCUGAAGAAGAUCCAGCACAUUGACAACCAGCUGAAGCCAACUGAGGCACAAAUAAAGGCCAAGACGGCUGCCAUCAAAGAAGCCUCUCUGAAGUGCAAACAGAAACAAGAUCAGCUGGACCGGAAGCACAAAGAGAUUGAUGAUAUAAAACAAAACCAGAGACUGAAGCAGAUGGAAGAAGAAGACCACCAGAAGCGAAUCAGCAACACCAGACGGAUCAUUGAGGACAUGAAGGCAGAGCAUGCCAAGAUUACUGACCAACCAGAUGUGACACCACGGAUCAAUGAAGUCAACGCGGAGCUGAGGCGCAUUCAGGUUGAGAGAGCCAAGAUUGAAGAAGAGAAGUCUGACCUGCGUAGGGAGAAGGACAACCUCAGUGCUGAGACCAAAGCGCUGGAGAAAAAGCUCAACGACAUGAACAACAUGAUGAAUGCCAAAGAAGAGAAACUGCGAGGCAGACACAGGGACACACACGCUGCCCUCCAGUGGCUCAGACAGAACAUAGGACAGUUUGGUGGAAAGGUCCAUGAGCCAAUGAUGCUGGUGAUCAACGUGAAAGAGCACCGCUUUGCUAAGUACGUGGAGAACCACAUCGCUUUCCAUGACCUGCGGGCGUUUGUUUUCCAGAAGAAAGACGACAUGGAGCGGUUCAUGGCUGAGGUUCGUGACAAAAUGAACUUAAAGGUGAAUGCCAUUUCUGCUCCUGAAGAGUCAUGCUCCAGUCGCGAACCAUCCAGAAAUAUUGAGUCUCUGAAGCGCUUUGGGUUCUUCACCUACCUCCGGGAGAUGUUUGACGCCCCUGAUGAGGUCAUGAGUUACCUCUGUCAGCAGUACAGAGUGCACGAUGUCCCUGUAGGCAAUGAUCAAACUAAAUCCAUGAUUAAAACGGUGAUUGAGGAGCCCUACCUCAGGGUGUUAUAUACAACAGAGGAAAGAUACACAUUGAAGAGGUCCUUUUACUCCAACAAGAUUAGCACCAGUAACUCAGCAAUGCACCCUUCCCAGUACCUCUCCAUCACCGUGGAUGCUGAAGAGAAACGGCAGCUGGAGCAGCAGAGGAAGAACUGUGAGUCAAGAAUAAAGGAAAUUAAUGAGCGAAUGGGGGCCCUUCAGAAGGAAGCUGCUGCACUGGAUCGCCAGGACAACGAGUUGUUGGCAGAGAAAAAGCGGCUGUCUGAGCUUAAGGGCAAAAAGAGACAGCUGGAACAGAAAAUCAGCACCAAGCAGGACAGCCUUAGGCAGAUGGAGAACAAUGUUAUUGACCUGCAAAAAAUUGAAGAGGAGACUAAAGACAAAAUCGAAGCUGUCAAUUUCCAGAAGGUGGACAUAGUGAAGGUGAUUGUGGCCCAAAUGAAGCUGAGAGCCCAGCUGAACAUGGACAAGGUGUACUUGGCUUUGGAAACAGUUGGACUGAUGGCUGAGAAGACCAAAUUGGAGAACGACUGUAGAGAAGGAGCCUCGGACCUCAAGACCACAGAUCAAAAAUGCAGCCGUCUGGAGCAGAGGAAGGUUCAGCUGACGGAACAAUGCAAAGGCCUGUUGAGGAGAGCCAAGUCCAUCUGCAGGAUGCAAGCUGAUGAGUCUUUACCUGAAGACCUGCGUAAUGCUUUCAGCAAGCUGCCUAUCACGCUGGAUGACAUUGAUGCCAUGCUGAACGAGGAGCACUCCAGAGCUGAGUGCUUCACUGGCCUCAGUGAAAGUGUGGUUGAUGAGUACAACAGAAGAGAGCAGGAGAUUAAAAAUCUAGAGAAAGAGCUGGAAGAAAAGAGCAACAACCUGAAUGCCUAUCGACAGAACAUAGCAGAGGCAAAGGAGCGUUGGCUGAACCCACUGAAGCAGCUGGUAGAACAGAUUAAUGCCAAGUUCAGUGAUUUCUUCCGCCAGAUGCAAUGUGCAGGAGAGGUUGAUCUACACUCAGAAAAUGAGGAGGAGUAUGAUAAGUAUGGCAUUAGAAUUCGUGUGAAGUUUCACAGCAGCACGCAGCUCCAUGAGCUAACAGCUCACCAUCAGAGCGGAGGAGAGCGCAGCGUCUCCACAAUGCUCUACCUGAUGGCCCUGCAGGAGCUCAACCGCUGCCCCUUCAGAGUGGUGGAUGAGAUCAACCAGGGUAUGGAUCCUGUAAACGAGAGAAGAGUCUUUGAUAUUGUGGUCCGCACAGCUUGCAAAGAGACAACAUCCCAGUACUUCUUAAUAACACCCAAACUCCUGCAGAACCUUCAGUACGCCGAUGAGAUGACCGUUCUUUGUGUCCAUAACGGCUCCCAAAUGCUUCCUCCCAGCCAAUGGGACGAGAAAGCUCUCAUCAGGCGCUGUCUCAAAAGAAAAGCCAAGUAGUGAAUCCACCAGACCAGCCUGUCCAGCCUGAAGUCCAUUUUAUCCCGGGUCAAUGAGUCAGAAAUAUAAAACGGGUAAACUUGUGUUGUUCGUUAACUUCAAAGAUCUGUUAAUAAUCUAGUUGAUACGUUUAGUUUAUUUUAGAGAGAAAAGGCUGUACAAACUUUUUAAAUAAUUUCUUUUUUUCUGGAAGAGUCUCUCAGAAGCUCAAUAUUUUGUUUCAACAACAUAAAUACAGACAAUAAUCUUACAUGGAGCAUAUUUGCGGUUCAGUCAUUUAAACAGUUUUUUUCUGCAGCAACAUGUUAACUCUUUCAAUGGACUACAAUAUGUUUGAACUUUGAUUGAAACAUUCUUAUGCUUGUGUUUAUAUUGUAUAUUUAAAUAAAAUAUUCUGAUUUUAUUGUUCUCAA